GGUAGUGCCGGGCGGGCGUUUUUCUAUUUUGAUCUUGCUUGGCAUACUUCUGGAAACUCGUGAUGUCGUUAUCGGUGGGUGCCUUCUACCACCUAGUGCUUAUCGUCAUAUCAGAGCUCCUGUUGGAAGAAGCAAAUCGUUGGUUCUUGCAGUACUAGUUUUUACGUUUGAUCUUCUAGGUACGACAUCAGAACAAUAAUUUAAUCCUACUACGAAACUACAGGUGCAGAUUUUUUUUGUGGGGGGAAGAGAGAAUUAGAAUUUCAAAGACCACGACAGGGAAGAAAAAAUAUAGUGAAAAACGAACGUCAGGGGACGAUCGCGAUCCGCUUCAAAAGUAAAACUUCGUAAAAAAUAAGUUUUUUUAGUCUUCUGCCGCGAGUUCUUAAGGCAAGGCGAAAAAGAAAAAAAUGACGGAAGUAAAUCCCGAUAUUUUGGGUGCGAAGCACUACGCCUCCCGCAACUACAAUGACCUACGACAGGCGGCAAACACAGAAAGGAAUCGACUGGACUGGCUUUACACGCUGAGGCAGGUAUGUGAGACUUAAAGGUGUAGUGUCUGUUUUUCCGAAAAAUGAUUACGAUUGGAAAUAGAAGGGGGGGCAUGUCCAUGUUCAUUCUAAACUCUAAAACGAACAAAUCAGCACUAUCCGCGGAAGCAGCAGACGCGUGCAGGGAGCGGCGAUGGUUUCGCAGCGCAUUCUCCACGAGACAAGCCAAGCCACACCACUCCUCCCGAAGAGGGGCCGUAUCAGAGCAGAUGGCGCAGUCGCUCGGAGCAGAUCCCACCAGAGAGCGAAAUGUUUGCCAAUGAGAAAUACGGAAACUUUGCAGACACCAGACCCAUGCUGCAGAAUGGUAUCUUAUCGAUGUACAUGUUGUAGUUGCGUCACGAUAUGCAGGUUUUGACUCUUAAACUUAAAUUGCAAGUGCUUUUUGUUUCAUCUCGGAAAAAACCUACUUACUUACUUUCUGAGGCGGAAGUUCAGUUGCGAGUUCUGAUAGAUUCAUUGAUUUUCAUGAUUAUCAUCUCUUACAACUAUCAACAAUAUGAUCUUCAGCUGCCACGAUGCGGGUUUCCGGGGGUGGGUAUUCUGAAAUAAAUUGGCAACUGAACCUCCGGGGCGGCAAGGCAGGAAAGCCAGAUUUGAAAUGGAAGAGGUACGUAUCUACCACGUACUCAUGAUUUUUUUUUAACGCCGCACAUGAGUGCGCGAGCGGCCAUCAUGUCCCGAGAAACAUCCCUGAUAUGCCUAUUUCUGAAUGUUAUGUGUUUUUAGUAUGCAGCUUCGCACACUAGUACUACAGUUACUUAUAGAUUGUCCAGCAACGUAUUUUUCCUUCUGUACUAUCGAAUACCUCACAACACCACCAGGUACUUUUCGAAGUCACACCAGAGUUUCGACCUGGCGAAAACGAACUUCGCGGACGGGCAGUACGAAGAGAAGUUUACCAACCCGAAGACGCAUAUGGGAAUGUCAGGAUCGAAAUCGACAAAAUCGAAAAAUUUGCGAUGCAUAAAAUCGAUACCAGUUGGAGCCCAGUUUUCAAGUGGUGCAUGACAAAUUUUGGCAGUACCUAAAUCCAGUUUGUCAUGCUGUUUAGGCAAAGAAGAGUCCGCCUGUAGUGCUACUGUGGCAGCACAUUGCAUACUGCAGGCUUUCAAUCAGUCUUAUUUGCCUGGUCCCCAACACAGCUCAUGCGUGCCCUACGUGUUAUGCAUUACAAAUUUUCCGACUUUGUCGAUUUCGAUUCUGACACUCCCAUAACGCAGGAACGGCUAU